GAUUGUCUGUGACUGGCAAAUUGUUUUGCGACGAGGUGGUAGCGCUGCCACAUUUUAAAGUGAAAAAAGCGUGCGAAAGUUUCUGAAUCAAUUGGGCGCUAAUAAUUUGAGCAAUGGCAGGACGUGGACGUAAAGGAAAGACUGGCACUCUUACGGUCGAUCAAUUGGCGGCGCUUGGCUAUGUGAAAAACCUCCCCCCUGUACAGUCAGCGGUGCAGACAACAUUUCCGCCGGUGAUGAAAAAGCCCAUUGCAGUCGAGACAACAGCAGCAGAGGCCUAUCAGCUGAUGUGGAAGGCAAAGUUUUUGAAUCGCAUGCGGGACUCGCCGUAUUACAUUGUUUCAGAGAGCCAGGAAAAUUCAGAGCAGAAGGUCGGUCGAGAGAAAGCUUUGGGGCAAGCGAAGGUGAAAAAGCUGCCCGAGUUUAACUACAAAACCAUGCCCAAGGAACUAAACAUGUCGAAUACCAAGCGACAGGGCGAGGAUCCGCAACCCAAGUUGCUGGCCAAGAAGACCAACAUUGAAGAAAGUCUGAAAGUUCUAGAACAGACGGAGUUGAAGACAGGCGACGAGCAUGAGCAAGACGACGCCGAGAAAGAGCGAGACGACGCCGAGAAAGAGCAAGACGAUGCUGAGAGUGAGCAAGAUGAUGCCGAGAAGGAAUCUGAUAUGGAACAGGACGACGAAAUGGACGAUCCUGAGGCCGCACUAGACCAUGAAAUGGAUGACGAGAACGACUAUGGGAAUAGCUAUUUCGACAAUGGCGAAGACUUCAGCGAAGAGGAUGACAACCUGUCUGAUGGCCCCGUCAUAUAAUUAGCUAGUGUUGGAUCUCUGAUUAACUAUGCUGCCAAUUCAGAUUUCAAGUAAAAUAUAUAA